GUAGUGCGGUAGUGAUUUAAGACGUAACCUCGGAAUUCCGCCGUGGUUCCGCCUCAGCUCGUGUAAGGAAACGGGGCUGUUUGUGGAAUAUAAAAGAUGAACAAACUUCAGCCUGCGUUAUGCAACCGUCGCACUGCGUUGACUGCCGUCGCGUGACGCGCGCGCCGACUUUAUGGCACGGUUUCUCGCAUAAACCCUCGGUGUCAGUGCGUGCGCGUGCUCAGCGCUGUGUGUUCCUUUGGGCUUCGGUUCUUGUCCCGAGCUCCGGUGUGCGCGCGCGCGGCUCAGUCACCGUGUUCGCAAGCACACAGCCAUGGCAGGGGAAGCCACGGAUCAGCGCGCGCUGCAGUAUGAACAAACUUUGAUGUAUGGUCGCUACACACAGGACCUGGGUGUGUAUGCAAAAGAAGAAGCAGCGCGUUUGAGGGAGGAGGCAGCGUUCAGACGUCUGGUGACUGAGAGAAGCCGAUCUCUCGAGCUCCUCGAGUACGACAAGAGCCGCUGUGCCAAGUGCAGGAUUUGUACAGUUCACUGUCAGAAGUUCCUGAUCUCACGUGUGGGGGAGGAUUGGAUCUUCCUUAUCUUGCUUGGACUCGUCAUGGCUCUCGUCAGCUUUGUCAUGGACUUCUGCAUUGCCAUCUGCCUACAAGCUCAGAAGUGGAUGUAUGGUGGUUUGGACAGUAACAUGGUCCUGCAGUACUUGGCGUGGAUCACAUACCCUGUAGUCCUCAUCAGUUUCUCUGCCGGAUUCACACACAUCGUAGCACCACAGGCUGCUGGAUCUGGUAUCCCUGAGAUGAAGACCAUUCUGAGAGGUGUGGUGUUAAAGGAGUACCUCACUCUCAAAACCUUUGUAGCCAAAGUCAUUGGCCUAACAUGCGCAUUGGGUAGUGGGAUGCCUCUAGGCAAGGAGGGUCCAUUUGUGCACAUUGCCAGUCUGUGUGCUGCACUUCUUUGCAAGUUUAUGUCACUCUUCGGGGGAAUUUACGAGAACGAAUCACGGAACAUAGAAAUGUUGGCUGCUGCAUGUGCUGUCGGUGUCGGUUGCUGCUUUGCUGCCCCAAUCGGAGGUGUGCUCUUCAGCAUUGAGGUCACCUCCACAUUCUUUGCUGUGAGAAACUACUGGCGUGGGUUCUUUGCUGCUACCUUCAGUGCCUUCAUCUUCAGAGUACUGGCUGUGUGGAACCGAGAUGAAGAGACCAUAACUGCUCUCUUUAAGACUCGAUUCCGCCUCGACUUUCCUUUCGACCUCCAGGAACUGCCGGCGUUUGCUGUUAUUGGGAUAGCAAGCGGCUUUGGCGGCGCUCUGUUCGUUUACCUGAACAGACUCAUCGUCCAGUUCAUUAGGAAGCAGAAGGUGAUCAACAAGUUCCUCAUGAAGAAGCGCCUUCUAUAUCCUGCCCUUGUCACACUGCUGAUCUCCACAUUGACGUUUCCUCCUGGAUUUGGGCAGUUCAUGGCAGGCCAGCUGACCCAAAAGGAGUCUCUAGUGACGUUGCUGGACAACCGCACAUGGGCGAAACAGGGCAUCGCAGAGGAGUUUGAGUACGACGGUCAUGCCGCUGCCUGGAAACAUCCACAGGCCAACGUCUUCAUCACACUCGUCAUCUUCAUCGUGAUGAAGUUUUGGAUGUCUGCUUUGGCCACCACUAUUCCAGUACCUUGUGGAGCUUUCAUGCCUGUCUUUGUCAUCGGUGCUGCUUUCGGCCGGUUAGUAGGUGAGAGCAUGGCUGCUUGGUUUCCUGAAGGUAUUCAUUCAGACGGGGUUGUGUAUUCCAUUGUACCAGGAGGAUAUGCUGUAGUUGGUGCGGCGGCCUUAUCCGGAGCAGUAACGCACACCGUGUCGACGGCGGUGAUCGUGUUCGAGUUGACUGGACAGAUCAGUCACAUCCUCCCUAUAAUGAUCGCUGUCAUAUUAGCCAACGCCGUGGCUCAGAGCCUCCAGCCGUCAAUUUACGAUUCCAUCAUACGCAUCAAAAAACUACCGUACCUUCCAGAGCUCGGCUGGGGACACCACGAGAAGUAUAACAUUCGUGUGGAGGACAUCAUGGUGAGAGACGUGAGGUUCAUCACACUGAACUGCACUUAUAGAGACCUGCAUGAUGUCCUGCUCACCGAGCGACUCAAAACACUUGCACUGGUCGAGUCCUCGGAGUCGAUGAUCUUAUUGGGCUCGAUUGAGCGUGCUCAGUUGCAGGCACUGCUGUCCAAUCAGCUCGGUCGGCCACGGAGACUCGAUUACCUCCGUCAGCGCUCACAGAAUGAGAAGAAACACUGUGACGCACACAUCAGUGAGGAGAAUGUUCACAAGAACAACCAGGAAGUUCGCUUUCAGAUCUCUACGGAGGAAUCCUCGUUCACUCCUCCUCGUUCCGUCUCACCAAAACCGCUGAAGCCUGCACUAAAACGACAGCCAGUCACAGAUAGAGGCUCACAUAUACCAUCAAGUCAGGACUCGGGCAUCGCCUUAAAGAGCCUCUUCUGCACCCACCCAGAUACUGAGGGGGCAGAGAUUUAUAACCUGGCGAACUCCAUGGCUCCUGAGCACAGGAAGCUCAAGCGUGUGAGGAUAUCGGUGGCGGAGGACGACUUUGAGGAUGACAUGACCAUGAGAGAGAUCGCUGAGUGGGAGGAGCAACAGCUUGACGAGCAGGUGAAUUUCAACAACUGUAAGAUUGACCCCGCCCCCUUCCAGCUGGUGGAGCGCACCUCACUGCACAAGACACACACCAUUUUCUCUUUGUUGGGUUUGGACCACGCUUACGUCACCAGCAUCGGGCGUCUCAUAGGGGUCGUGUCACUCCGAGAGCUGCGUAAGGCCAUCGAGGGUUCGGUGACGGUGAAGGGGGUGAAGGUGCGCCCCCCACUGGCCAGCUUCAGGGACAGCGGCACCAGCAGCAGUGACGCUGAAGUGACUGAACUCCACAAACUGUGGAACCGCCACACCAACAUGACGCUGCCGAGGGACCAUCAGCCGUCCGACUCGGACGAGAAAUCUCAGUAAAAAAACAAAAAAAAAGACAAUGAAAGAAAAGACGAGGGAGAACGGACGAAAGGAGUUUUGGAUAAUACUCGUAAUUAAUGUACAAAUCUUUUUGUCUGUGUGUUUUUCUACGAAAGCUGAAGAGCUCCACACUUCUAGGUUUUUCUUUCUGUAAAGGUCUGUAUUCAGGUCGCUGGUGAACGCUUGGCAAAAGGGAUUUUAAGCUCAUCUUUCAUGUCCCGCCUCUUCUGCACUGAUUCACUGGUUUCGAAAAAAAAGGGGUGUUCCAAUGCUAACACUUCCUGAAUGCGAAUUCCUGAAUUUCAGACAAAACUACAUAGUCGCUAUUCUUCUCUCGUUCUUCCUCCUAUCUUUCAUCUUUUGCAUUUUUUACAUUAGAGUCUUCCUAUUGUAUGCAUUCUGAUGCUAGAUACAGUUACAAAGUGAUAUUUUGCAAUAUUUACACACUUUUUUAAUGAGCGCUUUUAAAUUUCAUGCCUGCAUAAGCACCUUUUUGUCUUCUCUUUGCAAACUAAAAGAGCAACACUCCUGUUGUUGUUUAACUUAUUUCUUAAAUGCUAAUUAAUAUCUGUAAUUUAUGGAUUGUUCGUACACUAACCGCUCGUUUGAUUUUAAAUUCUGAUGCAAUUAUCAGAAACAGACAUUUAAUACUGUUCUCAUUAACUGUGAUGCACUUUGUUAUAAAAAAGUUUUUUUACCCCCUCAAAAUUUACCAACACUACAAAAUUCAAAUAUUGACUAUUAAUUAUCAGAAUUUUCACUUAACCGAUUUUUGUUUUUACUUAUUUAUAAAAUUAUGCUCAUUUGGAAUCGUUUGUAAAAGCUAAAAAUCAGUGUUCUUUUCCAAGCUGAUCUUUUCCAUAUCUGUGUUCAUUUUUUUAUUUUUUAUUUUUUACUUCAGCUGAAUUUAACAUUCCAGUCUAUUGUCCAUGUCCUGGUCUGAACACUGAGACUGAACUUGUAGAACCUUUUGCUGGGUCUGAAGAACCAAAGGUUUCAAUUUCCAGAUAUGUUCCUGAAGGAACCUGUCUGCAUCUGAUCAUCUCAUCAGAGGAGAACCUGGUCAUUCAUAUGUUGGGUCAGAUGUUCUUACUUCCUGACGAAUAUUCCUCUUAGGUAAGAUUUCCAGAAUCCCAUAGGACCUUCUUUUGGGACUGAAGAAUCUGUGUUUAUUUUGAUGUGCUCUUCAAAGAAGUUGUUCGUCUCUUCAUCUCAGAUCCGGAGAGUCUUUCAUGUUGGCUCACGUUCUCUUACUUCCUGCUGUUCCUUGUCCGUGGUUUUCAGUAUCUCAUGCGAUCCUCUUUCAUAUAUUCUCUGUAAUAUAUGAAAGUUGCAACGUUACUCCACAGUUCCUUGACUUGCUUGCCAUAGCAGAGCCCAGACACUCCAUUCCAGUCAGACACUCCAACAUCUUGCUGAAUUUGUGCUUGAUUAAAUGUUUGUGGUACCCUUAGGACCCAAGGUUCCAGUAUUCAAAAGACACUUUGCAAGCAGAACCUAGUCGUGCAUAUCGCAUGUUCUGUUUAAUAUUCUCCUGAUGGAUCUGGUGUAAGAUCUCACAUUUAGUCUGUUGAUCAAACAACCUACAUUUUAUUCACAAAUGCCCAAUAUAUUCCUGGUAAGACCUGGUCAUUCUCAUUAGGUGGUUCUAAUGUUCAUGUUAUCUGUUAAAGUGAUGUUCAGUGAUUCCAAGUUCUCAAAUUGUUUCUCGUAUAACUUUUUUGGCUCUUCAACCCAACGUUCUGCAAUGUUGGGACAAAAAUGUGAGCUGGUUCCUCAAGGAACAGCCAGGAACCUGGGAAGCAGACCUUCCUACUACGAUGAAUUCAAAUUACUUGUGAUUCUCAGAUCCUAAGAUUUUCUUGAAUUUCAGCAUAUCUAUGUUUUGCAUCUACUCAUGAAGAACAUGCCAUUUAGGUCACUCACAUCCUGGCUUAGACACCUUCUAUUUCCUGUUAAAAAUUCCUUAUAUUGCAUAUUUGGUGCUCAGAUCCCAAAAUGUUCUUUGAGGAACUCGACCAUGUUGUUUAGAUGUUGAUGGAGUUCUUUUACCCUUGGUUCUAAUGUUUAUACACUCUGGGUAGUCUUAAGUAGCUGGAUAACCGCAAAUCAGACAUGGAACCAGACUUUGGUGGUCUUUCAGGAUUUCCUGAUUUAGGUGUCUAUGGUCUAGCAGUGCUUUUCUGUUGGUCAGUAAAGCUCAGGUCUACCAGUUAAUCACAAUCUUAAAUUCGGUUCCCUUUUCCGUUCAGAUACCAUGCGAGCCAAGGGCAGGAAAUGUGGGUGGGGUUAAAAAUAAUCCAGAGCACUGAUUAACCAAAGUAUUUAAUCAGUCAUUUAGUACUUUUUUUAAUGAUCUCCCUUACUGGUUAUUUACAUUUCGUUUGCUGUGUAAAAUCCGCCCUCUGUUCACUAUGCAUGCUGCCUACAUAGGGAACAACAUAAUGGUGCUGGAAACCCUAGUUAGUGCACUGCAUUCACAGUAAAAUGCCUUUUCAGAUUAUUCAAGGGAAAACGCUUUGGACCGUCUCCUUCUUCUGAGACGAUAGUAUUCGUACCUCUAUUCGUCUUCACUAAGCCAGAAUCAAAGAUUUGGUUUAGCAUCAAAUAAAAUUGACCCGUUUUGUGCAACUAGUCUCUAACCCGACUACCUCCACUGAAACUCCUGCUUUCACAGAUUCAGGAACUUUUUUUUUUUUUUGAGGGCAGCAUAAAUCCCAUUUUUGAAUCAGGAACUGAGCCGUGCUGUACCUCCUGGUGUAAAAUCUUUAAUAGUUCGGAUGCUUUAAUACAGUUAUUUUAGACAAGGUCUACGUAGGCAUACAUUUUCGGUACUCGUCAAUGCCGAAGUGAGUAACGUAUUUAGUAUUAAUUGUACACUGCUUAUAAUCCUGUAUAACACCACCAGCUAGCUUGUAGCUUUAAAAAGAAGCACAUUAGCUAGCUACAUUAGUUAGCUUGGAUCAUUUAGGGUUGCGUUUCUGGUCGUCUGGUCAACAAUGUACGCUCGGAUUAUCUCACAGCAUCACAUCGUAUCAGAUGUUUGUCACGACGCAGUUUUACAACUAUGAGCAAUCGAACAUGAGCGAUAUCCAAUUCAUCUCCAGUCGCUGAGUAUCUAAAGUGUGGACAGGAUGCCAAUCUACAGUAUCUAACUGCAUGCCUUAACAUGAGAUGUGUAAUAAAUAAGUCAUUGCAUGUUGGAGGGUUUGUUAAAUCGAAAAUGACAAAUAUUCGCAAAGAAUUUCAAGUAUUUUUGCCUUGUGCAUUUCUAAUUGUCUUCUAGAUCAAGAAACAGAGAUGGAUGCUCUUCUUCCCUUAGUGUCUUAUUUGUCGUUGUGGAUGUUUUUGUCAUGUUAUUCAGUGCUUAAUAUAUUCAUAUUUUUAUUAUUGUACUUUAUUUGUUUGUUAAAUCAACGAUUCUGAUUUUAAUUCUCGAUUCUGACAACCGUCCAUUACUCUCCCUCUGACCAAUACGCUCGGUGUGGUUUGGUGUUGGGCUUGCUUUUUUUUUUUUUUUUCCUCUCUCUAAAUGGUGCACCUUAUAGCUAUGAUUUAAAAUGUUUGAUAUUAGGUUUACAGAUUUAAUAUAUUUGUCUUCUAACAUAUCAGUACUGGAAUGAUCGCGUAUUAACGUAAGAUCUGAUCAAACUUUGUUUGUUUGUUUGUUUGUUUGUUAAUGACUCCAGUCCCAACAGGGAAACAGGGAUGUGCUAGGUAGCGUUGCUCUGAAAUCUUGAGCGAAUGUUAAGCUUUGUCUGACGAAGUGCCUAAAAACAUACGAUUUUCCAAACGUGUUGUAAAUAUCUACACACUGAUACCCACAAUGUUGAUUUUAUUGUUUUUUUUUUUUUUAUUUCUUACACUCCUUAUUAUACACAUUUCAUUUCAAAUUGGGUAUCCAUAGCAACCAGUUCUCAUCCUUUAUCGUCUUAACGAGACACUGAAAAAACAAAAUCGUGAUCAGCCUUUUAUUUAUUUCUUCAGUUGCCUUUUGUGUUUUCAUCUCGCUUGUUUUUAAUCACAAGUGCAUAUUUAUUAACACGCACAAUAGCAAUCGAUCGAGAAGAGCAAUAGGAAUUCUUUUGGUGUUGUUAAUGUUAUAAUAUUGUUAUCUCAAAACGAAUGACUCUGUGCAAUAACGAAUGUUUCUUUUUAAGAGAGUGUGUGUGUGUGUGUGUGUGAGAGAGAGAGACUGUGAUUAAGCCUUGACACGGAUGACAGAGAUUAUUUUUGUAAAGAACUGAUGCUACGGUACGCACUGAGGCUCUGUUUGUCACAUCAGCUGAUGGAAAAAGCACAGAGUGUUGAGGGAAUUCUUGUUCGGAAAAACCACUGGCACUAAAAAAAAGUACAUACACACACACAAAGAUGUGUCCAUUUCUUCAGACAACAAAAGGAUUGUUUCAUAUCAGGGAUGAAUAAAGAGAAUUUAACAUAA